UUGGCAGUGUUGCUGAUGAUCCUUGUUUUGUUUCACACGCAGGUGUCCGGCAUUUUCUCCAAUUCCACAUUCAAGGUUUUCUCAGAUGCCUUAGCAAGUGGAGGAAUUAUUAAGGCCUUAUGUGUGCCUUCUGGGACAAAAAUUUAUUCAAAUACUUCUUUGAAGAAAGGCGACAUAUACAAAGAAGCAAUCAAAUCUGGGGCAAAGGGUUUGCCUUUUUUAAAGGUCUUGAAUGGUGGGAGCAUUGAAGGGAUUCCCCAGCUGGUCUCUAGUUUGGAUCCGGAAAAGAAAGAGGAAUUGCUGAAUCAGUUGUCUGCGGUACCAGAUGAUCUUAUCUUGUUUGCUGUUGGUCACUAUGCAGAAGUCAAUAAAACUUUGGAUCGUCUGAGAACAUAUGUAGCACACGAAUUGGGUUUAAUUGACAAUUCCAGGCAUUCAAUACUCUGGGUGACUGACUUUCCAAUGUUUGAGUGGAAUGAUUCAGAACAGAGAUUUGAGGCUUUGCAUCAUCCUUUCACCGCACCUAAUCCAGACGAUAUAAAUGACCUCUCCUCUGCCCGUGCCUUAGCUUAUGACAUGGUUUACAAUGGAGUUGAGAUUGGUGGAGGAAGCUUGAGAAUUUACAAGCGUGAAGUCCAAGAGAAGGUUCUCAAUAUUGUUGGCAUUUCCCGAGAACAGGCUGAAGCAAAAUUUGGCUAUCUUUUGGAGGCUCUGGACAUGGGUGCUCCUCCACACGGAGGAAUUGCUUAUGGGUUGGAUAGAUUGGUGAUGCUCUUGGCUGGCACUAAUUCCAUCAGGGAUGUUAUAGCUUUUCCAAAGACAACAACUGCUCAUUGUGCCCUUACUCGUUCACCAUCAGAGGUCGAUCCACAGCAGCUUAAAGAUCUUUCAUUACAGAAGAUGUAGGUUCUUGAUUUGUUUUUGAAAGUACUAUGUACCGGAAAAAUUGGUGGUGAAAAGGAGAUGUUGGCUAGCUGGGACAGGGGUAAAGUCCUGAGAUGUUAGAGGAAAUCCUGGGAUUAUGGCGACAUUGUUAUGCUAAACAAUUUAUUGCAAGUAGAAGAGGCGCCAUCGUUCCACACAGUUUUUCUUUGAAAUAUUACAUUGUAGCAGCAAAAUCAUUAGGUUCCAGUUUUCAUUGCUGAGAGUAAAGAUGUUACUCUGAUUUUCUGAUUGUCUGCUUUGUUGACAAUACUGAUAAAGGAAAGCGAGUCUUUUUAAUAAUGUAGAUAAUUAUUCGACCUUGGAAUAUUUGGUGAAGUUGACUUA